AAAAAAAAAAAAAAGAGCUCAGGGCCUGAUGAAGAUUCAAGUGUUGGAGGGAGCAGUUGGGAUUUAGAACCAAAUACCGGAGCUUGAGGUUCCACCAUUGCUGGCAGCAGAGCAGCAAGGAAAGAACCUGAGUGUCAGGAGAGGGCAGACAUCCUCCCUAGGGACAAAAUCCACAAAGUAGUUGGGUAUGGUCCAGUUCAACAGGUACCUGGGGAUGUUGGUAUGCUGGCACCUUCAGUCUUACAGCUGUGGGGUCUCAUGGGAAGGAUUAUACUGAAGGUUUAAGCUAAAUGAGAGGAUUACUCAUAUAAUUUAUUAAAGCACUCUUUUUGUAUGCCAAUUAUUGGUUUAACCAUCUUGCUGCUGCUAGACUGAGAACUCCUGCAAGGAUUUUAUGUCCUCACCACCUAACAAUCUUUGAACAGCAUUCAAAUAUUUAUUGAACAAAUGACAUUAUCACUUAGGUCCCAGCCGACUAAGUAUAAAAUGCUAUGAAUUUUCCCAGUACCUAGUUUGGGUAAACUGCUCUCACGUUGGUACUUUCAAGGGACCUGCCUGCGAGUGAUUAGCUUAGUUGAGAAUGGGGCCUCUGGAAGGUCUACAGCUUUGGAGGAAGGAGAGCAGGCAGUUCAGAGUGGCAGAAGGGUGCCCUUUUGGGGUGAGAAAACCUCCCCUCUGUUCACUUUCAGCUACUUCAAAGCUGUGGGGUCUCUGGUGACAGUGUAUUUGAGGUAGGGGGUAGGGGACCACAGGCAAAGUUAGGGUUUAGGUACACUUUGGAUUUUAGCAGCCCAUGUUUUCUUACCCUUAGGGAGAGAGACUCUAAGUAGGAACCUCUUUAUGCGAUCAGAUUCCAGUUCCACACCAUCUUAUUUGCACCAUUCUUCCACCUCAAGCGCAUACGCGACUUUGCAAGGGUCACAGCGGUAGUGAGAAUGGGAGAUAAAAGAACUUCUCUCCUGAUCCACUCACUAGAGGAGUUAAUCCCUCCUGGCCAGGCUCUGAGUCCCUGCCCCUCCCGUCUCAGGCUCCGCCCCCUCCCCACUUCUCCCGCGGUCCUGGCGGGCUUACCCAGGAGGGGGGCGGCCCCAGCCCCAGCGCUGGGCCGGGCGGAGCUCCCGCCCAGGCGGAGCUGCGGCUGCAGCGUCCAGCUGCCGGACCGACCUCCAGCCGGGCAGACUGCGGGAGCGGCGCCGGGCCCCCUCCCCCCGCGUCUCCAGCCCACCCUCUGAGCCUCCCGAGCCCCCUCCCCGCUCCCUGCAACUGUGCUGCACAUGGUGAUGAGUUUCCGGGUGUCUGAGCUCCAGGUGCUCCUCGGCUUCGCUGGCCGGAACAAGAGUGGACGGAAGCACGAGCUCCUGGCCAAGGCUCUGCACCUCCUCAAGUCCAGCUGUGCCCCCAGCGUCCAGAUGAAGAUCAAAGAGCUUUACCGCCGACGCUUUCCCCGGAAGACCCUGGGGCCCUCCGAUCUUUCUCUGCUCUCUCUGCCCCCUGGCACCCCUCCUGUGGGCUCUCCUGGUCCUCUAGCUCCCAUCCCCCCAGCCCUCUUGGCCCCUGGCACCCUGCUGGGUCCCAAGCGUGAAGUGGACAUGCACCCCCCUCUGCCCCAGCCUGUGCACCCUGAUGUCACCAUGAAACCAUUGCCCUUCUAUGAAAUCUACGGGGAGCUCAUCCGGCCCACCACCCUUGCAUCCACUUCUAGCCAGCGGUUUGAGGAAGCGCACUUCACCUUUGCCCUCACUCCCCAGCAAGUGCAGCAGAUUCUCACAUCCAGAGAGGUUCUGCCAGGAGCGAAAUGUGAUUAUACCAUACAGGUGCAGCUAAGGUUCUGUCUCUGUGAGACCAGCUGCCCCCAAGAGGAUUACUUCCCCCCCAACCUCUUUGUCAAGGUCAAUGGGAAACUGUGCCCCCUGCCGGGUUACCUUCCCCCUACCAAGAAUGGGGCUGAGCCCAAGAGGCCCAGCCGCCCCAUCAACAUCACACCCCUGGCUCGACUCUCGGCCACUGUUCCCAACACCAUCGUGGUCAACUGGUCGUCUGAGUUUGGACGGAAUUACUCCUUGUCUGUGUACCUGGUGAGGCAGCUGACUGCAGGAACCCUUCUACAAAAACUCAGAGCAAAGGGCAUCCGGAACCCAGACCAUUCCCGGGCACUGAUCAAGGAGAAGCUGACCGCUGACCCGGACAGUGAGGUGGCCACUACAAGUCUCCGGGUGUCACUCAUGUGCCCGCUAGGGAAGAUGCGCUUGACUGUCCCUUGUCGGGCCCUCACCUGCGCCCACCUGCAGAGCUUCGAUGCUGCCCUUUAUCUACAGAUGAAUGAGAAGAAGCCAACGUGGACAUGUCCUGUGUGUGAUAAGAAGGCUCCCUAUGAAUCUCUUAUCAUUGAUGGUUUAUUCAUGGAGAUUCUUAAUUCCUGCUCGGAUUGUGAUGAGAUCCAGUUCAUGGAAGAUGGAUCCUGGUGCCCAAUGAAACCCAAGAAGGAGGCAUCUGAGGUUUGCCCCCCGCCAGGGUAUGGGCUGGAUGGCCUCCAGUAUAGCCCAGUCCAAGAGGGCAAUCCAUCAGAGAAUAAGAAGAAGGUUGAAGUUAUUGACUUGACAAUAGAAAGCUCAUCAGACGAGGAGGACCUGCCCCCGACGAAGAAGCACUGUCCUGUCACUUCAGCUGCUAUCCCAGCUCUACCUGGAAGCAAAGGAGUCCUGACAUCUGGUCACCAGCCAUCUUCGGUGCUACGGAGCCCUGCUAUGGGCACGCUGGGCGGGGAUUUCCUGUCCAGUCUCCCACUACAUGAGUACCCACCUGCCUUCCCACUGGGGGCUGAUAUACAAGGUUUAGAUUUAUUUUCUUUCCUUCAGACUGAGAGUCAGCACUAUGGUCCGUCCGUCAUCACCUCGCUAGACGAACAGGAUGCCCUGGGCCACUUCUUCCAGUACCGAGGAACCCCUUCCCACUUCCUGGGCCCGCUAGGCCCCACGUUGGGGAGCUCUCACCGCAGCACCACUCCGGCACCCCCUCCUGGCCGUGUCAGUAGCAUUGUGGCCCCUGGGGGAAACUUAAGGGAGGGGCAUGGAGGACCCCUGCCCUCAGGUCCCUCUUUGACUGGCUGUCGGUCAGACAUCAUUUCCCUGGACUGAGUCCCCUGGAUCAUGGAGCCUUCACCGCCUCGCAACACUGAGCAAGUAUGCUGUGGAGUCUGGAACCCUGGCCCCUCUGACCCAUCAGAAGGGCUUUGGUCAAGGCCAGAAAGAUCUUCAUGGACACCUGUUUUUGGCCUUAUCUCUGCCUGACAAGGCUAGCACCCAAAGGGUUAAUAUUUAACCUCUUUUAAAGGACAUUUGGGGUCUGUUUUUGGAAAUGUUCUUUGAUGUCCAGCCCAUUCCUUUGGGUCUGUUAACCUAGGCAGUGGGAGGCAAAUGGGAUGGGAUGUGAGUUGGGGAAAGGGCUGAAUCCUCAGCCUUGACUGUCUAAAGCCUCGUGGGGAAGGGGCCCUUCUCGUGUCCCUCAGAUGCCCUCUCUUCCCAUUCCCCAAAGCCGGCUGUGUUCCUUCCCCAUAUCCAUUGUCUCUUCACGUCCAUUCCGUUCUCUUUGGCCAAACAGACAGCUGGAGUAACUGAGAUAGGCAGACACAUGGACAGAGAACUCUAUUUUGGGUUGCAUAUUUUUUGUGUGUAAACAAGAAAAACCAAAAUACUCCAAAGAUGACUUUCCCUGCCUCCUGCUUCCCAGUGUGACUGAGGAGGAGAUAAGGCCUUAGCCCUGAUCCCCAGGGGUUUGGGAGAAGGGCCUGGCCAAUCGCCUGGGUCUCUCUAUUUAUAUAUUUAAGUAAGUUCACAAUGAUGCUUAUGCUGACCAGCCUGGAGCCUGAGCUUCUAAAGGCCCAUGGCCCUGUGGUUAGGUCUGGCUCAUUCUGCACCUUUCCUGGGAGGUGGGAGCACCCUUGUGCUCUCUCCAGUCUCCCUUUUCAGGCUCCUCUAGGGCCUAGGAUCUAUGUUGUAAUUUUACUUUCUAUUCCCACAGUUGUAGCAAAGUUCUUACCCAUAAUAAAGGUUGUGGAUGUUC